AUGAAGAGUGCCUCCGAGGUCAUUGACCUCUUGCUGCUGCGCCUGGUGCAGCUCGGCACGGACCUUUGGUAUCAUCCUGCCAUCCAGAUUCUGCGCAAGUUUUGCCUUCUAACAGCCUUUCUCCUUGCCGUCUUUCACGUGAUGCUGGGCGCGGGAGUGGUCAUUUAUGGGCUGUUUUACUACGCCUACGUCCCAAAGGCUGCGUACGAGUGGCCCGUGCACUUGACACAGACAGGGGCUGAGCCCCUCGCUUCUAUCGUGCCGUUGAGCCCUUACACCGGCGGACCGACGCACACGCCCACCAGCGUCCUCAGUGCACGCACAGGCAGCUUCACAGCAACUUGCCAUUUGCUCUACUCGCUGGAGCAAGCCUUUGAGCUGCCCACAGAAGCCACACCAUUGGGCACGCCUUUUCCGGCCUUGUCAGGCAAAUCGAGCGAGACGCAACAGAGUGCACCGCCCACCGCGCAGCCGGGUCCGCUUGCUCCGUCCACUGCGAUCGUCACCUCUCAGGCUUGGCAUUUGGCUGCAACGGCGCCGCACAUACACAGCAUCCGGCGCUCUGCUAUGAUACCCUACCGUUCCACCAUGGUGGACACGCUGCGGAAGGCGCUUUUGAUUGUGCCGCUUACACUGGGGCUGUUGACAGAGAGUGACACCGUCUUCAUUCCGCUCUUUGAACACUUUGUGGAUGAUCUCGAAGCACCAGUCCAGUAUGCGCGCAUUGAAGUGUCGGCCCCGCGCCUGCAGGUUCAAUCAGCCCGCCUUAUUGCCAAAGCCAACAUGAAGGGCAUGGCCUAUUGGAUGUACCAUUGGUACAUUAGCAGCUUCUUCGUGGGUGUCAACGCCAUUGCCGGCACACUGACGGUCCUGGCAUUUGUCGUGUUGAUUGCCGUCUUUCAACGCGAGGCCACCGCCUUUUUUUCCCUGGAAGCAACGCCUGAAGCGUGGCAAGCCGAGCAACCCGAGGCACUCGCCAGUAAACCUAGGACAGUACCCGAGGGCCUGGUGCUCGAUCCGAUCACUAAUCUCUUCGUACUGCCAGCAGAGGAGAGCGAAGCAGCAGCUGUUGGCAACGAAUCAGACACACUCCUAGAGUUGACUGAGCCGGACGAACGCCACGAGCUCGAUCUAGAUGGUGCAGCAGCCGCAGGGGUGGAAAGUCAUCCGACUGAAGCCUCGCUGCGGCAUCGCCAUCCGCAUGUCCUCCAGACACCGUGA